AUGGCAUCAAACAACCUACCUUUAAAUCCACCAUUCACUUUCACUGAUGAAAAUUACCAAAUCUGGUGUUUGAAGAUGCAAGAUUUUUUGGAAGCCUAUGAACUUUGGGAAACUGUGACAGAAGAUAAACCACUUACUGCUCUACGAGCAUUUCCUACCUUCGCUCAGAUAAAAUCCAACAACGAAGAGAAGGCAAAGAAAUCUAAAACCAAGUCGCUUAUGCAGAAUGCUGUGGAAGAUAAUGUUUUUUACAGAAUCAUGGCUUGUAAAACUGCAAAAGAGGCUUUGGAUAGGUUGAAAGAAGAAUAUCAAGGCAGCGAUAGAACACGUCAAAUGCAAGUGUUGAACCUGAAAAGAGAGUUUGACUCCUUGAAUAUGCAGGAGGAUGAAACUAUCAGUAAGUAUGCUGAUCGAAUCUCCUUAAUUGUUAAUAACAUUAGACUUCUUAGUGAAGAAUUUACAGAUAAACGAAUUGUGGAGAAAUUUCUUGUGACUCUUCCUGAGAGAUUUGAAUCUAAGAUUUCCUCUAUUGAAGAAUCCAAGAACCUGAGCAAACAUUCAUUAGGAAAGCAACAAUUCCACCAAAAGAAUAAGGGCAAGCAUGAUGGAGGAAACAAUAGUGGAGAUGUGAAGCAGAAGUUCCCUCCUUGGAAAUAUUGUAAAAGAAAUACACAUCUGGAGAAGUAUUUUUGGUGGAGAGUCGGUGCUAUAUGCGACAACUGUAAGCAGACGGGACACGUAUCCAAGCUCUGCAAAUCAAUAGCGAAGGCCUCUGGUGCUUUGCAAGCACAAGUAGCAGAAGCUGCCGAUGCACGUGAAGAGAAACUAUUUGCAGUUUCAUACUUUUAA